GAGAGCAGGAACUAUUGAAAAGUGGGAUAAGAGCGAGUGAAAGUGAAGAAACACAUUUAGUUGCGUGACGAGCGUCGAAGGUGAAACACGGCCGGUUGUUUUGAGAAAUUUAAGUUCACGUUUUAACCACCAUGAGCUCGGCAUCUCUACGUCUGCUGAGUAAAACCAAACAAACCGCUCGAAUUGUGAUCGUGGGUGCGGGAUCCGCGGGAAUAGCCGCUGCUACUCGUCUUCUGGAGUUGGGAUUCCCGAAUGUCCUUCUCCUGGAGGCAGAGGAUCGAAUCGGAGGUCGAGUUCACACGAUUCCCUUUGCGGAUAAUGUAGUUGAUCUGGGUGCCCAGUGGUGUCAUGGCGAGAAGGGAAAUGUGGUCUACGAACGAGUCAAGGAUCUUGAUCUCCUGGAGGUCACGGAACCCCACUACGAAACGUUUAAGUGUGUGCGCUCCAACAAGGAAGUCCUGCCCGAGAAUAUAGCAGAUCAGCUGAAAAGUAUAGCAGAUAACUCGAUUCCGGACAGGCAGACUGAGCUCCUGAACUUCGAGGGCUCCUUGGGUGACUACAUAAACAUGAAGUACUGGAAGGAGCUGGCCAAAAUCGAGCCCAUUGACCGCACAAUUGCCGAAGAGUUCCUGGAGGUGUUCCACAAGUUCGAGUCUUCCGUUGAGGCGGCGGAUCACCUGUUCGAGGUCUCCGGAAAGGGUCACCUGGAGUACUGGCUCUGCGAGGGCGAACUGCUCCUCAACUGGCGGGACAAGGGUUACAAGAGAUUCCUGCGAUUACUCAUGAAAGCCCAGGAGGAUAAUCCCGAUGAUCUGGGCAUUCUCAAGGGUCACGUGCUGUUCAACAGACGAAUUGCCCAGAUUAAUUGGCAAGGAGCGGAUGAGCUGGUCCUACGUUGCUGGAAUGGUGAGGUCAUCACCGCGGAUCAUGUGAUAUGCACGGUUUCCUUGGGAGUUCUCAAGGAGCAGCACACCAAGCUCUUUGUUCCCGCUUUGCCAGCUGAAAAAGUGAGAGCCAUAGAGGGUCUCAAGCUGGGCACCGUGGACAAGCUCUUCCUGGAGUUCGAGAAUCCCCCACUGCCAGCGGAUUGGCCUGGUUUUAACUGCCUGUGGCUGAGGCAGGAUCUGGAGGAGCUGCGGGCCUCCGAACUCUUUUGGCUGGAGAGUGUGUUCGGCUUCUAUCCGGUUUCCAGGCAGCCACGCAUCCUGCAGGGUUGGAUCAUAGGACCCCAUGCCCGACACAUGGAGACGCUCACCGAGGAGAAGGUGCUGGAGGGUCUGCUCUGGCUCUUCCGCAAGUUCCUGCCCUUUGCGAUGGCCCAUCCGCUUCGGAUGCUGCGAACCCAGUGGCAUGCGAAUCCCAACUUCCGGGGCAGCUACACCUUCCGCUCCACUUACACGGAUGCGUUGAGAACGGGCGCCUGGGACCUGGAAUCGCCUCUCCAGGAUGUGGGCGGCAGGCCACGCCUCCAGUUCGCCGGGGAGUCCACGCACAAGCACUUCUACUCCACGGUCCACGGAGCCGUGGAAACGGGAUGGCGCGAGGCGGAACGCUUGAACCUCUACUACCAGUCGAGAACAGCUCGGCUGUGAGCAGCAGGUUUUCCAGCCGGGAAACGUUUUCCACACCCGUGAAAUCGAGAUUGGCCACAGGCAAUGGGGUGUGAAAACUUGAGAUAUUUAUUUUAUUUAAUUACUUAGUGCAUUGCCAUUAAAACCUGCUUGGAAAUUAAAAAGAAUUUUCAAGUUGUGUGGAGAGUGUGACCUUGUAAAGGAGUUUCACAUAAAAGAAAAAAAUAAAUACAAAUAAAGAAUAAGUUAAAUAAAUAAAUUUGAAACUCAUUCUUUAUGAACCAUACAAUUUGAUUUUAGGAAAAUUUCUUGUUAAUUUUUCUGAUAUCUAAUCGGUAAAUGCGGCUAUUUUAAGAAGGGUCAAGGCUUUAAUCUCUAGUCAAUUUUAAUGAACCAUUUUAUAGCUGCAAUCAAUAAGGUACUUUGCAAGAUUAGAUAUAAGUUGUGUAUCUAAUUUGUAGUUGAUCAAUAGCUUAGCAACCAAGGAAAAUAGGUUUAAUAAUUUACGAUAAUUGAUUAUUAACGCCUUUACAUCUCUAAGUAGUUGACUUGAAAACUUAUGACCUAGACUGCCAAACCUAAAACAAAUGUGAUGUAAGCUUUGGCUUACAAAUCAAUUUACUGCUUUUCCACAGUUCGUUAAUAUUUUAUGGCCAAUUUUAAUGUCUGAGCUCAGACACAAUAACCGUUUUUCUGGCAUGUCUGUUUGCCUGGGUCUUGACUCUAUAAUAAAAAGCAGUUCUUUAAAUUUCAAGGCAUGCAAUGGCAAACAAAUUUCAAGCGCAUUCGUAAAAAAAACCAAAUAAAAGCCAAACAUGUUGACCAA